AACUUGGGCAUUUUUGUUGGAUGCUCCAAAAACGGUAUUUUUAAUAUCUGGUUGGAACAUGAAGCAGGCAGAAGUACCCAGGAGGUCGGUUCUUGUUUGCGUAAAUUUAUUAAUGAAAAUGUUAAAGUACCUGUUAAAAAAUUUAAUCUGUAGUCGGAUUUUUGUGGUAGACAAAACCGCAGUAUCAAAUUGGUUUUGAUGCUUAUCCACGUUUUACAAAAUCACACAUCGCUAGAAACAAUUUCAUUGAAGUUUUUGCUUUCCGGUCAUAGUUUCUUACCCAACGACUCACAUUUUAGAGACGUAGAAUGUUCUCUAAAAACUCAUCAAAGACUGUACACUCUUGACGACUACACAGAUAUUAUGAAGACUUGUCGUAGAAAAAAUAAGUUCAUUGUUAAUCGUAUAAAACCGCAGAACAUGGUAUCAGUAGUAAACCUCGAAAAGAAACAAAUAAAUUGGCUUAACUUGCACGAAAUCACCUUAAAAAAGAAAAUCCUACUCUGUUAUUUAUGAAAACCUGUACAUCAGACUCGGUAUAUACAGAAGUUAAUAUUGAAAAAGAAGGAAAAGGCCGAAAACCAGUUUUAAAAGAGGUAGAUCUUCCUCCUCUGUGGCCACUAGGCAAAGCGUUGUCUGUGGAAAAAAUUAAGGAUCUGAAAGAAAUUCUUAAGCUGGUAAGGGUAAGAUUUUAGUGAAGACAUUGAAGGAAUUGGUGCCGAUGUAGAUUUUGAAAUAAGUAAUUUGCAAGAGACUUAGAUAAAAAAAAUAUAAUAUGUAAACGUUGUAUAUUGCAGCAGAGGUGCAAUCCUAUUUUU